AUUCACCUGUUACAAAGUCACUCAGGUCAGUGGGUUCUUUCUCAUCUAUGAUGCUAAACUGAAGACAGAGCUGAGGAAGGAGGAGAAAGCAAAUGAGGAGGUGGAGGAGCUUGGACGGCCAGUGUACACACGCACACACAUACACAUGCAGCAAAUCUCAGGAGUGAGCUGGAAUGGUGGGAGGCUGCUCUGAUCGUCCCUGGCUCGAUCCCUUUCUCAGGCAAGGUUUUGCAAGUAGGGGGCGCUGGGAGUGGAACUGUAUGUAGGAUUACAAUUCUCCGAGGCUUGUCUGACUUCUGCGACGGAGCACUGCGCAGCCUGUGUGACAGCAUUACGCCUGGAAGGUAAGAACCUUUCUUCUUUAGGUCAUAAAAUCUACUGAGCUGGUGGGGAUCGGUUUUCGUACAAAAACAGCACUUUGUGACAAACAGCUUGAUUGAGCAUGAGCAAUACCUUUCAGUGAUACCAUUGCGAAAUCACUUCACUUCAGUUCAUCACUUAUAUUGUUUGCAGGUCAAAUAGAAAUGAAAUGAAUUACAAAUGCCCAUUUCUAGAGUGUUUGGUCUGUGAAUUUAAGAGUCUAUAGAAAAAGUUGCAAUGGUUGAGCAUACUGUAUGCUGUCUGUAAUAUAUGUAUGCUUAUCAUCAAGAAUAUAUUUGGAAAAUCUAAGUAGAGUUAGAGAUUAUUAAGUAAAUAGAAAAAGGUUUUUUAGACGGUGAGCUUUAAAUAAAUAGCCAGGAUGCAUAAAGGAUAAAAAACUACGCUCAUACUUUUUCCAUCUGUUCAUUAUCUGAGAUGAAGCUUAUUUAUGAGAACUUCAUGUGUCAGUUUAUUCAUAAACAUUUACACUUUAUUAUGGUAAUACUUUUUAUUCUGAAAAAAAAAAAUGUGUUAUCUGAAAUUCUGAAUUCUUUACCAGGCUGAAAAUGAAACAUGCUAAUUAUAGUAACCUGGCAGCACAACUUUGUUUUUUCUUCCUCAAGUCAAUCAAUUUCACUGGGAACCUGAUCCCUAAGCCCAGGGCUUUGCUGUGAAAGGGCAUGUGAUUUACAUCUGUAACAGGUGGACAGACUAUAUGAUAUAAUUACAGUGAAAUCUGUACAUCUGUAUGCUUUAUUGCAAUGGCUUUGAAAUGGUCUUUUGUCUGACUAGAAUCUGGAACGCGUAUGUUGCACUGGUGAAGUGUAGCUCUGAAGGUGUGUGUUUUACAGGAAAGGAAUUAAUAUUUCACAGGUUUCAUCAGCGGGGAAGGAGAGGGGCUCUGGUCAUCCGUUAAAGAUUAGGUGUCACAGUAAUAGCGUCAUCGACUGCUGCCUGAUGAAUAAUCAUGCUUUUGGACUGGAGGAGGCAAAGCAGCACUGGAAUUAAAAUGUGUAAAGAACAAACUGUACAAAAGAAGCACAGUCUCUAGAGAGAGAGAGAGAGAGAGAGAGACCCCUCGUGUCAGUGUCAUGGAUCACACAAGCCCAGGCAGCCCCCACAGAUGAGAUGACUGCAAACAUGGAGGUGCUUAUUGGCAUCUAUUCCCACGGCCGCCCUGUCUCAAGAGGCAAACUCGUCAGGAUGCUAUUAACUACUGCUGAACUGUCAUUCUUGUAAACUCUGACUGGUAAAAAUGGGAACUGCAGCCUAAAUGAGCGGUCCACCCAAAACUGAGAGCUGGGCACACACUCAAAUGCAGUAUGUAGCAUUGGUGACCUAUGUUUCGGGACAUGCAGUACAAAGACACUGCCAGUAUGGAAGAGCAGACAACCACUCUGAUUCACAUUUAUCAGAAUAGCACUGAGCACUUCAACACUUCGUUUGACUACAACUCGACAGAUCUGAACGAGAAUACAGACACCAGUAAGUUUUAUGUCAUUGGGCUUUUCCUCUCUUGCCUGUACACGAUCUUACUCUUCCCCAUCGGCAUUAUUGGGAACAUCCUUAUACUGGUGGUUAACUUGAACCACAGAGAGAAGAUGACCAUCCCUGACCUUUACUUCAUCAACCUGGCAGUGGCUGAUCUCAUUUUAGUGGCUGAUUCACUCAUCGAGGUCUUUAACCUGAAUGAGAAGUACUAUGACUACGCUGUUCUCUGCACCUUCAUGUCCCUUUUCCUGCAAGUCAACAUGUACAGCAGCAUCUUCUUCCUGACAUGGAUGAGUUUCGACCGCUACGUGGCUCUAGCCAACUCCAUGAGCAGCAGACCGUUGCGCACCAUGCAGCAUGCCAAGCUCAGCUGCAGCCUCAUCUGGAUGGCCUCCAUCCUGGCCACCCUCCUGCCCUUCACCAUUGUGCAGACACAGCACACAGGCGAGGUCCACUUCUGCUUCGCCAAUGUCUUUGAGAUCCAGUGGCUGGAGGUGACAAUCGGUUUCCUGGUGCCUUUCUCUAUCAUCGGUUUGUGCUACUCCCUGAUCGUACGUAUCCUCAUGCGGGCUCAGAAGCACAGGGGCCUGUGGCCACGGCGACAAAAGGCCCUGCGCAUGAUUGUUGUGGUGGUGCUGGUGUUCUUCAUCUGCUGGCUACCUGAGAAUGUCUUCAUUAGCAUCCAGCUGCUCCAGGGUACAGCAGAUCCUUCAAAGCGCACAGCAACCACCCUGUGGCAUGACUACCCUCUGACUGGGCAUAUUGUCAACCUGGCGGCCUUCUCCAACAGCUGCCUGAACCCCAUCAUCUACAGCUUCCUGGGUGAGACCUUCAGAGACAAGCUGAGGCUCUUUGUGAAGCAGAAGGCCAGCUGGUCAGUGGUCUAUCGCUUCUGCCACCACACUCUGGACCUCAACAUUCCAGUUAGGAGUGAGUCUGAGGUGUAGGACUGAAUGUAGUCCCAGAGCUAUUGGGAAUGUGGCUUGAGAUUGUUCUUUGUUGCAAUUCUGAGAAGAACAAUUGGAAUGUUUUUUUCUAUUGAAAACCCUGUAUGCCUCUCUGAAUGAAGUUGCUCUGAAACUCCAGAUGCAGUAGGGUAGGAGUAGGGCAGAGAAUGUAGGUGUAGCCACCAACUGACAGGGGUAUACAAUUCAGCUUACAAAAGCAGUUGAAGAAGAAGCACCAUGUUUGCUUUAUUUCCCGCAGAGUGUAAUCUAUACAGAAAAAAAAGGAAUUAUUCAGGGUAUUUUUUUGCAAAGACAUGGAAUGAUGGAAAGUAAACAGUAAAGAUAAAAUAACUGAUCUGUUUUUUCUAAAAGUAAACUUUAGAGAUAAAAACAAAAAACAAACAAACAAAAAAAAACACAGUGUAUCAAGGUAAUGACUUUUAUACUCCAGGAAGAUUGUGCUCAAUGAGCCCAUGGUAAGGGAACAAAUAAAAAACAGACUUCAAGACCUCUGA